GAAGUGAGUUAGACAAAGAAGCACUUCAACAAACGGCAAUAAUUUGCUUGGGAACUUGAAGGACUUCGAACCUGGAACCAGUCAUGACAGAUUCUGAUGAGAAACAAAAAAUGGACAGUUUAGAACCAGGAUUACAGAAAUGUAAUGCAAUCAUCAAGCAAAGUAGUGUAAUUGAGGAGGGGACUCCCACUCGAUAUCAUCUGACACCAACACCAGACUCUCAUGAUCAAUCUCAACCAUAUAGAAAAAUGACCUUUGGAGAGAGAGACAAAACCAAACCCCAUAAAACCAUUCUGAUAGUGGGAGAAACAGGAACAGGAAAAACAAAACUGACCAACACGAUGAUCAACUACAUGUUAGAUGUUCAGAGAGAAGACAAGGUUUGGUUUGAGAUCACAGAUGAUCAGAGUGACCGAACAUCAGCUCACAGUCAGACCUCCAGCAUCACUGUUUAUGGGUUUUAUCUACAAGAGAGUAAAACUGAUCUAACAAUCAUCGACACACCAGGAUAUGGAGAGACACGUGGAGCUGAGAAAGAGAUCGGCAUGAGUUUGCUUAGUUUAAUUGAAUCUAAAAGGAUCAAUAAAAUAGACGCAGUGUGUCUGGUUAUUAAAGCAACACAGUCUCGACUCUCUGAUAGAGAAAUAUACAUAUUUGAUGCUGUUCAGUCUUUAUUUGGAAGAGAUAUUGAUGAAAAUAUUGUCUUGCUCUUCACACACUCACGUGGAGCGAUCCCUAAAAAUAUUCUGAUGGCUGUUGAAGAGGAUAAAAUCAAGUGUGCAGUGAAUGAACAGAAUCAGCCGGUGUAUUUCCUGUUUGACAACUGUCAGUCAGAACCUGAUGAUGAAGAAGAUGAAAUGCAGAAACAAUCAUGGGAUCUCAGUUUUAGAGGAAUUACUGGAUUUUUCAAAUUUCUUGACAACAUAAAAUCAAAAACCGUGAAGAUGACCCAAGAUGUGUUGCAACAACAGAAGCAGUUGGAGGCAAAAAUCUCCGAUAUAAAAUCACAUAUUCAAGAGAUAAACCGUAAGCAGAAUGAGCUGAAACAAACUCAAGAAGAUCUGGAGAAACACAGAAAGGUUGUUGAAGAAAAUAAGAACUUUGAGUGUGAAGUUGACGUGUCCUAUGAAGAGAAGGUUGAUAUUGAUCGCUCUAAAGCCAAAGAGGCGUUGUGCUGCCCCGUCUGUGAGGAGAACUGUCAUUAUCCAGACUCCUGGUGGGCCAGAAAUCUCUCAUGGUCCAGUGUGAUGAAAGAUGAUCACUGUACAGUGUGUACAAAUAAAUGCCACUACAGUAAACAUGUCAAAGAAGCAAAAAUAUAUGAAACAAAGACGAAGAAGGUGAAGAGGACAUAUGAAGAUUUGAAGAAGAAAUAUGAUGAUAAUAUAAUUAAAGUUAGGGAAGGUGAGUCUUUGGUCAAGAGGCUGGAAGAAGAACUACAAACAUUAGAGAAAGAGAAAAUAAAGCUGGUGAUGGAUGCGUUUCACUGUGUGGAUACUCUGGAGAAGAUCACACUCAACACUGAUUCACUGAACACACUCCGACAUGUUGAUUUUCUGAUCGAGGAGCUGAAGGAAAUUAAUGAGCCUGACAAAGCUAAACAAUUAGAAGACAUCAAGAAGAGAGCAGGAGAAGAAGAAAACAGAGCACUGAAAUACAUGGAAAGAUGUGUUAAAUCAGAAAAUUAG